CCGCCGUCGCCAUGGCUUCCAACUCAUCCAAUUACAAGUUAAGUGCCGUCACCGCCAACCUCAAGUACACCGACAUUCUACCAUACAACACCGAGAGCGAAAAAGUCACCAGGGAAUUCCUCCAGAAGGUAAUCGACAUCCUGUUGGAUUUCGUCAAAGCGACAAACGACCGCAAUGAGAAGAUACUGGACUUUCACCACCCAGAAGACAUGAUCAAGUUGUUGGAUUUGCGAGUACCUGAGCAGGGCGUUUCUUUGCAGCAGCUCAUCCACGACUGCGCCACUACCCUCAAGUAUCAGGUUAAAACAGGUCAUCCCCGCUUCUUCAACCAACUCUCCUGUGGCCUGGAUCUGAUUUCCAUGGCAGGAGAAUGGUUGACAGCCACAGCCAACACCAACAUGUUCACCUACGAAAUCGCUCCAGUCUUUAUUCUGAUGGAAAACGUAAUCAUGACCCACAUGCGUGAGAUCAUCGGCAAGAACUGGAGGAAAGGGGAUUCCAUCUUGGCACCAGGUGGAUCCAUCUCUAAUCUGUACGCUUUUCUGGCGGCCAGACAUAAAAUGUUCCCGAAUUAUAAGGAGAAGGGAAUAGCGACUAUACAGGGUCAACUUGUUAUGUUCACUUCAGAUCAGAGUCACUAUUCGGUGAAGUCGUGUGCGUCGAUAUGCGGUUUGGGCACGGACAACUGCGUGAUGGUGCCGUCGGACGAGAACGGUCGAAUGAUACCCCAGGAGUUGGAGCGGUUGGUAGUGGAACGCCGUACCAAGGGUCACAUCCCCUUCUUCGUGGCAGUCACCUCUGGAACUACGGUGUUGGGUGCCUUCGACCCCAUCAAUGACAUUGCGGACAUCUGCAAGAAGUACGGCAUGUGGCUCCAUGUAGACGCUGCUUGGGGCGGAGGACUUCUUUUAUCCAAAAAGUACAGACACCCACGAUUAUCUGGUAUUGAGAGAGCGGAUUCAGUGACAUGGAAUCCACACAAAUUGAUGGGGGCCUUAUUGCAGUGUUCCACGAUUCACUUCAAGGAAGAUGGUUUGCUGAUGAGUUGUAACCAAAUGUCAGCCGACUACCUCUUCAUGCAAGACAAACUCUACGACAUCAGGUACGACACUGGCGACAAAGUCAUUCAGUGUGGCCGACACAACGACAUCUUCAAACUAUGGCUACAGUGGAGGGCAAAGGGAGAUCGUGGAUUUGAGAUUCUCAUGGACAAGUUGAUGGAACUAACGGAGUAUAUGGUAAAGCGCAUCAAAGAGCAACCGGACAAAUUUUAUUUGAUCAUGGAACCAGAGAUGGUAAACGUCAGCUUCUGGUACAUCCCCACGCGUCUGAGGAAGAUGCCCCAUGGACCCCAAAGGGAGCAAGAGCUGGGAAAGAUGUGCCCCAUCUUGAAAGCGAGGAUGAUGCAGUCGGGCACUUUGAUGGUGGGCUACCAACCAGAUGACAGAAGACCAAAUUUCUUCAGGAAUAUCAUCUCUUCGGCUGCGGUAACGGAGGAUGACGUCGAUUUCCUUCUGGACGAAAUGGACCGUCUCGGACACGAUUUGUAAAGUAGUAAUUAAAUAAACGUUCUUCCUUUGCAGAAUAGAGUAAGCAUCUAAAUUCUAUGAAACGAUAGGAACGGGCUGGAUUUAUAGAUAUUAUUUACUACCUAUGUUUCUAUUAGCGUGGAAAAAUGUUAAGGAACUUGUCAGUCUAUCGUUAUUGCUCAAAAGAACUAGAGCGAUAAUAGAGCUAGAGCUUCUAAGCUAAUUCAGUGUAUAUUUGUUAUUUUCAAAUCAUUCAUUUCGAUGCUAUCUUGGUUCAGGUAGCUCGUACUGGAAAAAUAAUUUUGGAAUGAUUAGAGAAUUUAGAUGCCUUAAAUUUACACCUUCUAAGUUUUCUCUCAAGUCUUUUCUGCAUUGUUUGUAAAAAGUAGGGUUAGAUUUACACACCAGCUCCCUUUAAAUGGGGCUAUCCAGGCAAUGAAGUACAAGAGAGUAUAAGUAGAAAAAAAUGUUUCAAAGCAGGAGUCAAUUGGAAGCAUGAAUAUUAAAUUGUCUAGUUUCUGGGAAUACAAAUAGAUAAAUUCGUAUUGUUUUAAUGAAUAGAACAUUCCACGAUGUAAUUUAAUUCACAACUACGUCAAGUGUGUCAAUUAAAAUAAAUAGAGGAAUUUAAACUUUCCGACCAUUUGUCGGAUAAGACUUAGAUAAAUUUAUUGUCAAUUAGGUCGACUUCUAAGACAGAACGUGUGUCAAUAUUUAAUUACCCUGACUUCGAACGACAAGACCUUCACUGUGGAUAAAUACAAAAGAUUUCUAGCCAAAAAAUUAAAACUAACUCGUAAUUUUUUAUAUUUUUUAUUAACGGCGGGCGCUUAAGAAAAACAUUGUUCUACAAAGACAACAUUUAAACAUUUAGGGUUUACUACUUAAAUAACAUUAACUUUAUGUUACGACGAACAAAAAACAACAAAAAACGGACUGACAAAGGCAUUUUUCAAUCUAUCUCCUUAAUACAACAAAUUAUACUUUAUUUAGCUGCAAUGAAGUAUACUUAAUUUUGGUUUUAAAUGUGACAAGUAUCAAACUAUCAUAUUUUGGUGAUAUAAAUACUAACAAUAUUUAAUUUGAAGAUUCUACAUUAUUAUUUACAUCUUCGGUGGUGUUUAAAAUUUAUAGUUUUGAAAUUACCUCGACUUUUCUGCAUUUUGCACCGGACCUUAAAAAUUUCAUCCCACUUUUGAAAUUUUGAGACAUUAUUCGAUACUAUUUUAACAAUGACUUAUCAGCUGUUACGAAAAAUAAAAAAUGCACAACGUGUUCUUAAAACAGGAAUUUCGUAACUAACUUUGAUUCAACACAUCCUCAAUCGUUAACAUUCACACAGCACAAAAAAGUAAUCUGUAAUCUGCUACCAAAUCUUGAAACAUAUGAUUUCAGAACCUAAAUGACAGCUAAACAAAAAGCAAGAGCAUCAAUUAAUAUCGCUAAGCGUCGCCGUCGUGCACGCCGUGCGAAACCAAUUUUAUCAGCUAAAACAUAUCAUCGUAGUUUAGCUUAGAGUUAAAUACACUGAGAGAAAACUUAGCAACUUCCUUUCGGAUAUUAGAUGUCGUGUUUAUAAAAUAUGUGAUAUCUUAUUUUAGUACUACAGUUAUGUUAACCCCAAAAUAACCCUGUCACUGUUAAAUAUGUCCUAAAUGUAAAAAUAACCGCUAGAAAAAAAUACCAAAAACACUAUAUGUGUGUGCAGUAGCGUAUACUUCUAAUAUAUGGUUAAAAAUGUGUAGCUAACGCAAUAAAGUGUAUAGAAAGAUAAUUGUUCUGUUGAUAAAUUUAUUAUAUCAAAGCAUAGACAUAUUUAAUUAUCAUGCACAAAUACCUUCCAAACAAGGUGCUUUAUUAUGUUUGUUGAGUAUAUCUAUUAAUGUUGUUAACUGCUGCAAAUUUUUAUAUGUAACUUAUCCCUAUAUUAAGUUGUAAAGGCUCAAAACUCAUUGCAGACACAGGCACGGUACGUUCAUAAACAAACUUGUUUUGAGCCUUAAUAAUUAUUUUAAUGAAAAAACUGGAGUAGUUUUUUAAUGAUCAACAGAUAUCAACAUGUUACAACGAACAGUAAAAAUAGGAACAAAGUUAAGAAGUCUUCACGUAAAAUAUAAUUCAAAGUGCCUUUUUGUUUAUCUAAUUAAUCACUCUUUAAAAAUUUCAGGAUAACGAUAUAUGGAAGAAGAAAAAUUAAUAUUGAUCUAUUCCUAUUUUUUUAUCGAAAUAAUUAUUCUAUCUUAAAACAACAACUUCUAUUGGCUCACUGUAUAUUUCAUCCGCGGUUGCUUCAAGUCACUGUAAAAACAAAACACCAUCAGCUGCAUUGGAAAAUAGGAAAAUGUUUUGCUCUGCUUUGCUACCAAAAAGGGCAGAUAUGAAUGUAUUGUAAUGAAUCAAUUAAAAUACCUGGUGGUCUACGAUUACUGUCACUCUUAUUUUCAGAUAUAUAUGAAAAAAAUAUGUAAGAAUAAAAAUUACACUUUUUGUAUUUUAACGCCCUGUAUAUUUUUAGAUAUUUGAAUAGAGCCAUCUAUUUAGAAAAAUCCCUAUUAAGACUUCAUCUUCGUAACCCAACCUUCAAUUGUUUUCACAAGAUAUUAGAACAUUGAAAUUUGCCACACUUUUAAUAGCCCGAUUUUUCCCUACUUCCAAAAAUACAGGGAAAUAGAGGGUGAUAUUUAUAGUGGACAACCCUAUAUUCUUUGGUAUACAACAAUAUGUGUCUAUGUGUAUGAGUUUUGAUAAAUUGUUAGUAACAAAAAGUUGUUGAAACUGCCAAUUAAUAGUUUAAUAUUAUUAUUAUUGAUACGUACUGCUCAGAAAAAUUUUGAUAUUUCUCUGAAAUAAAUUUUGGGCAGUACCUAGCUAAGUAAACGUUUUUAUCCAUAAAAAUUUAUUGUACAGAUGUUUGAUUUUGUACAAAAUUAUCUACAGCUGAUUAAUUUGUUGUUUGUAUGUUUUGUCAUCUGUAGCAUUUCGUUGACAUCGUAGUUUUCCAUUACAAAAUCAAUGUCUUCCAUGAUGUAUUCAGAAAUUUCACAUUACGGUAGAAACUCUACAUGAAGCUAAGCAAUACUACCGUUCUGUACCUACAGGGUGAUUAAAAAAUGGCUGUAUAUUUUUAUUUUGUAUAUAACUGGGUAUAACAGCCAGAAGAAAAGUAUACUAGCAGCUAAAAAACUUACUAAUAAAUAUUUUAAUAAAAGUUAUAUUCAAAAUAAAAAUUUUGGUUAUUUUUUGGAGUGCCCUGUA